AUGUCGGACGAUGAAGACUUCAUGAACGAGGAUGAGGAGUUCGACAUGGACGACUAUGGGGAGGAAGACUUUGACAUGGGUGGAUCCGACCAGGAGGGGUCUGGCUCUGAGGGUGAAAUCGAGGAAGAGGACAAGAUUCGCAAUCAGUACCACAUGAGCAGAGAUUUGGCAGAUGAGGAGGGCAUCGACGAGGCCAUUGCUGGUCUGGAGAAAGUGAUGAAGAUGGAGAAGGAUUGGCAGGGCAAGCACGGCUCCUGGUCAUUCAAGGCCCUCAAGCGCAUCAUCAGCUUCACCUUCAAGCUGGGCGACGAGAAGCGCCUCAUGGAGCGCUUCGACGAGCUGCUCACGUACAACUCCAAGGCCAACGACAUCUCGGAGAACGAUCUCUUCAAGGGCAUCGAGAAGAUCCUCAACACCGUCUCCACAGCUGCCGCCGCGCAGACCGAGCUCGCGCUCAAGCUCUACGGCAAGGCCCUGGCCGCGAUGAAGGCUGCCAAGAACGAGAACCUGUGGUCCAAGACCAGCCUCAAGCUCGCGCAGAAGAUGUUCGACAAGGGCCUCCACUCGAAGCAGCUCGACAAGAUCCUGGCCGAGCUCGAGGAGUCGUGCAAGCUGCCCGACGGCAGCGAGAACCCCAAGAAGGCCAGUCUGCUGCUCGACGUCUACGCGCUGCAGAUUCAGCUGCACAUGGAGCGCAAGGACCGCAAGAAGACGAAGGAGCUCUCCGAGAAGGGCUUCGCGCUGGCCAAGAACAACCCGGGCAUCCUCAACAGCAAGCUGGCCAUCUUCCACUUCGUCGGCGGCAAGCUCCACAUGGAGCAGCACAACUACAAGGAGGCCUACGCCGCCUUCUUCGAGGCCUUCAACUUCUUCGAGGAGUCCUACUUCCGCCUCAAGAUUCCGUGCCUCAAGUACAUCGUCGUCGCCACCAUGCUCAUGCUCGGCGAGAUCAGCCCCUUCGCCGAUGCCCAGGCCAAGACGCACAACAACCCCGAGAUCAAGCCCAUGGCCGACCUUCUCAACGCCUACCAGCACAACGAAAUCAACAGGGUGGAGAAGAUCCUCAAGGAGAACAAGACGGUGAUCAUGGGCGAUCCCUUCAUCGAGCAGUUCAUCAAGAACAUCCUCCGGGAGAUCAGGACCAAGGUGCUCCUCGAGCUCAUCAGGCCCUACACCCGAGUGGCCGUUCCCUUCAUCGCCAAGCAAUUGAACAUCACGGCUGCCGAGGUGCAAGAGUUGUUGGUCUUCCUCAUCCUCGACCACAAGGUCAACGGCAACAUCGACCAGGUCAACCAGCUCCUCAUCCUCCGUGGCGAGCUGGAGAGCGCCAAGUACCGCUUCAUCGAGAAGUGGGGCACCCAGCUGCACAGCAUCCACAACGUCGUCCUCAACAAGGUCGCCUAA